AUGGUGAGGAUCCCACAAGGGAUGACGACCGGCGAUACUUUCGAGUUCACCUUGCCAGCCCCAGCAGAAGCGAAACAGGAGAGCAGGAGACAAUCUCUGGCGUCCAGCAGGCUGCGGCAGCAGGCGGGCACCAGCAUUGUGAAGCAGGAGGCGCUCCGAAGGCUUCAGACUCGCUACAUGGCGAGAGAGCAAGCAGUGGCACCGUCCUUGAGUGCAAGGGGGAAACUUCCGGCGGGAAGGAGGAGGUUGAAGGAAGCGGGGAGGAGGAUGGAAUUGGCAGGCAGCCUGGCUGAUGCGGUGGCGUCGGCGGUGACAUCGGCGGUGCAGAAUGCAGUCCAGACGGCAGUCGCAGAACAGAAUGCUACGGAUGCUGCCGCCAACACCAACUCGUCUCCUCCAACUCCUCCACCCCCUCCUCCUGUCUCGCCACCGCCACCACCUCCAUCACCUGCUGCUGCUGCUGCUCCUCCACCACCACCACCACCUCCUCCUCCUCGUCCUCCUCCUCCUCCUCCUCCUCCUCUUCUCCCUCCUGCCCCCGCACCCGCACCCGCACCCGCACCCGCACCCGCACCCGCACCCGCACCCGCACCUGCACCCGCACCCGCACCUCCUCCCCAAGCCGUUUCUCCUCCCGUCGCUGCAAGCACUGGCCAGGAGGAGGAGGCAGGAUCAGCACAAGUGGAUCUCGGGCACAGAGACUGGGGUCAAGCUUUCGCCAAAGGCAAGCCUAUCGCAGCUCAGCAAGUGCCAGAGAUCUACCAGGGAGAAGCAUACGCUGCGCCUGAGGGCUCGACGAACGCGUACCAGGUGAGCGUGUACGCUCCACUGGCUCCUCCUGGGAGGAGAAAUCGUGGAAUUGCCACCAAGUGGUCACCGGGGGAUCAGGCCUGGACUUAUGACGAGAAGCUGAAGAGAAAACCGCAGACGUUCCGCUGGCUCACGAAGCCAGGGAAUUGGGAAGAGGUCGAUUCUUGGAUGGGGAACCCAAGGCCGGACCCUCGAUUCUUGCAAGGGGCGUUGGAGGAGGAGCAGGAGCAGGAAACACACGCAGAGCAAGAGAAGCAGGAUUACAUGGACAGAGACUAG